UGUGUAGCACGCGUUUGAUUUAUAUUUUCUGUCGCGAUACAGAUUCAUCAUCAAGAAUAUUCUCCAACCUUUCAUCCAUGCGAAUUCCGGUGGCAAGGGAUUUUAAUUUACUUUGCCCGCGUUCCGUAUUUUUGUCAUCGUCAUCGUCGUCGUCAUUGUCGCCGUUGUCGUCAACGACCGCGACGCCUCUGAACGUCAAUCUGUCGGUUACGCCGCAUUUGGUCUUGAAUUAAAAAGAAAUAUUAACUCAUUCUAAUCGGUUAUGUGGUUAUACAUGCAUCAGCUAUAGCCGGUGCUCUUCCCAUCAGUUAAAAAGGCAGAUUUGUGUGGUUAAGAAAAUUUUCUCAUUCCGUGAUUUGGAAUAAGAAAAAAUAAUUAAAUCCAAGAAUUUAACUUCACUCUAUAUCAUUACGUUGAGUCCUCUAACCUAUCAACCUUUAACCUUCCUAAAAACUACGGAGCAUUUAUUCGAACGAACGAGCGGGGGCAUGUGAUUUAUAUAAUUUCAGAGAAAAAUCGUUUAUUUUGCUUGAGCACUCGACUAAAUUUUAUAUUCCGGGAUAAAAAGCGCACAUGAUGUCUAGAAGGAAGAAAAUCAUCCUUGGAAUGAUUUAAAAGUGUAGUGAUGUGGAAAACAGGAUACUUUCUCAAAGCUAACCCCGACAACAGCAUGUAAUGACAAGUGGUGGGUGGAAUUAAUGUGGAUGACACACUUUUCCUGUCAGCAGCGCGUGGUUUUUCCAGAUUUUUGAAUCCCUCGUGUCAAAAAGCCAGAGCCACAGAGUAGUGGUUUGGUUGAGUUUUUCGUGUUCCGUGUUCCGUAUUUUGUAUUCUGUAUUCCGUGUUCUUGUUGUUGUUUUUGCUGUUGCUGUUCAUGUUCAUAUCCUUUGAAUUGGUUAAUGUUCGUAAAUUUAUUUUUCCUCUGAAAUUUUUUACAAUUCAGGGAAAAAAGUUGAUUAAGAUUGUUUGAAGAAUAUUCAAUUCUUGGGAUUUUUAAAUUUUGAUAACGUGUCAUAUCUACGUUACUUUGUUCCCUAUUUACUAAAAUUGGUGAGCUAAAUUGUAUCCUUAUCAACAUACAUAUUUUUUGUUGUGGAAAGUGAAAUUAUGAAAAAGAUUACAAAUUAAAAUUAAACCCGAAAGUGAUACAAUAUUUAAUCAAAAACGCAACAACGUGAAAUUUAAUAAAGAAAAAUCUAAAAGAAGAGAAAUAAAAAUUCAGUGCUAUAAUACACUUCUGUGUUUUGCGUUUUUAAGUGUGUUUUUUCAGGUUUGAAUUUUGUUGAGUGUGAAUUCUCUAGAAAAUAAAAAUAAAACCUCUAGCAACACCAAGCAAAAAAUUUAAAAACAAAAAUUAAAAAGUUUUCAAAAAUGAUCAACAUUCAAGGAUUGCGGAUACGAACGAGGCUGAUUGGAUUAUGCCUGCUGAUUUUCUUCACCAGAAUCAAAGAAUCGUUAAGUUCAUAUUCAACAACGAUGACAACGACGUCAACAACAUUAUCUCCUUCAAGUAUCCUGCCAUAUUUUGACUUUGAUGUACCUCGAAAUGUCACAGUGACAGUAGGACAGACAGGAUUUCUUUACUGUCGAGUAGAAAGACUUGGAGAUAAAGAUGUUUCAUGGAUCAGAAAACGUGAUUUGCACAUCCUUACGGCUGGCUCCACAACAUACACAUCUGACCAGAGAUUUCAGGUGAUACGACCGGAAAACUCAGGCAAUUGGACACUGCAGAUAAAGUAUCCACAGCCAAGGGAUUCUGGUAUUUACGAGUGCCAAAUCAACACGGAGCCAAAAAUGUCCUUGUCAUACAAUUUCAACGUCAUUGAACUUAAAGCGACGAUCACAGGCCCAACUGAUUUAUAUGUUAAGACAGGAAGUGAUAUUAAUCUUGCAUGUAAAAUCCUUCAGGGACCACAUGAACUGGGGAAUAUCCUUUGGUAUAAGGGUAACGAAAUAAUUGAUUUAGCAACAAAUCAAAAUGAAAUUGACAACAUCAAUCGAAUAAGUGUGGAUAACGACUGGACGGAAGGAUUAACAUCGAGGUGA